AUGGGUAAGACACAAUACACCCAAAAGUUCAGGGAAGAAUGGCUCACUGAUGCACUUUUCAAAGAUUGGUUGGUGAAGAUCGAACUAGAUCGAAAUAAAGCUCGAUGUAGGUUUUGCAAAACUGAAGUAGUUGCUAAACGGUAUGAUGUUCUCCAACACACGAAAACCAAAAAGCAUAUUGAGGCUUCAAAUGGAUUCGCAACUUCAAGGUCCAUGGCAAAUUACAGAAAACAUCCUUCCUUAAAAACGAGUGAUGCAGAAGAGUACUAUGGCAUUUUUCCAGGUCGUAGCGUAAACCUUUCAAUCGGCGAACUCAGCAAGGACUUGUCGUACCCCGUACGCACGAUGAAAAAUGCGGACGCUAAGUAUGGAACCGCCGUGUCUUGCGUAUUGAUAGAUACCGAAAAAACACAAACAAUCAAUGUUUUCCUACCGAAAGCCAUCCGAAUGACGGACGUCGAUAAUUCAGAAUAUAAUCUUGGUAAUGUGCCUAAAAAACAUCGGGGGCUGCAUAAGAGGAGCUUUAUUAUUGAUUUCGAAUGA